AUGUGCCGUAAAGCAUGUGAUCCAAUUUUGUGUUGCGCAGGAGACAAGGGAUGGUUCAAUGAGGGUCUCUGUCGCCUAGGAGAAAGCCUAUUUCUUUGGAAAACGCGGAGACCUUUGAUGGUGCCGUCUGCAACUCUGGCUGGCUUGACUACGUCAUCUUCUCUCAUCAGUGCAGGUACACCAUACAAGCGAGUCGCCGAUCGUUUAACCGUUCCCGUUUUCCAUCGGAGAAAUUGGAUAUCGUUUCGUCGUUUUGCUACCACGAUCAGUGUGCACAGGAAAUUGAUUAAUCAAAGAUUCGAGUUUUCUAAGAAAUUCAUAAACAAAAUAUUGAACUCAAGGCUAGACAUCUGUCGAUACACAAAAUAUGUGUUACUCCGUGAGCAAAAUUUUAUUAUAUUCCCAAGUUUUGGCAUAGAAAUUAUAGGAUAAACGUCAACAUACACAUUCUAAGAGAGUAAUGUUCAACACGUUUUUGGAUAACGUCGAUUGAGACGUCGUCGUACCGAGAACGCGAUAUGGUGACCAGUCUCGGGCAGUAGACAGAACCACGU